CACCAUAUAUAAAAGGACCGCAUUGGCAGUUUCUUCUUCCUUCUUCAUCUCUGCCGCCUGCCAAGCUUCGAGGGUCUCCAGGUUGCUCCUCGGACAUCUAGCAGCCAACCCAAAAUGGUUCUUCAAAACGAUGUCGAUUUGCUGAAUCCUCCAGCAGAGCUUGAGAAGAAGAAGCACAAACUCAAGCGUCUGGUUCAGUCGCCCAAUUCUUUCUUCAUGGAUGUGAAAUGUCAAGGCUGCUUCAACAUAACAACUGUGUUUAGCCACUCUCAAACCGUGGUGGUGUGUGGUAACUGCCAGACUGUUCUUUGCCAGCCUACAGGAGGUAGAGCCAGACUCACCGAGGGAUGCUCUUUCCGGAAAAAGGGGGACUAAUCUGCUCUACAUGAUUUGACAAGAGUUUGACCCCUAUAUGUUUCAAAAUGUUCAUCUUUAUAAUUUAAAAUUUUUGUAGUACGUUCAAGGAUUUGAUUACAAGCUUGUUCCUCUUUAUGAUCUUGAUCAAGUAGAGUUUUUACAUGUAGUGGAUGGUUUCUUGCUUCAAUGAAUGGAGUUUUGAGUUGCACUUGA